CAGACACAUUGGUGACUCCAUCCAAGUGCCAGAACUGUAAUUUGGGAACAUUGUGUCUCCCAGAUCACAUAGAUGAACGGAGAGUUUGCAAUGCCAUCGCCCCGGAGAAGGAUGUGGAUGGAUUCCACAUCAUGAAUAUUGGACGUCUGUGUCUCGAUCAGCCUUCCAUAAUUCCUGCCACUGCUGCUGCUGUGUGGGAAAUCAUAAAACGGACAGUGUUGCAGGGAACUUUGUGUGCUAUUGUGUACCUCCUGAUUAUUUGUGAAAUAGAAGGAAUACCCACAUUUGGAAAAAAUGUUGUUGUAGCUGGAAGAUCUAAGAAUGUUGGAAUGCCCAUCUCGAUGCUGUUACAUACUGAUGGAGAGCACGAGAGGCCUGGAGGUGAGUAGUUACUGGAGUCGACAUAUUCUGGUCUGACAUCACCUGCUGUCCUGCCUUUGAAAGAGCUGCUGUUUCCACGCUGUCAGCACUGAAUGUUGAGGAUAACAGUGGCAGUGUGGCCUUAAAGA